GUAUCCACUGUCGGCAUAACACAACAGCGGGACCAUCAGCUUCUACAUCCUCUGCGCCCUUCUCUGUCCGCCGCGUCACCAGCGAGUGUCUCUCCCUGCCAUGCACCGGGUCACCUCGCUGCUGCCGGCCCUGCUGUUCGUUCUCCUGCCGGGCCUGAGCCGGGGAUAUUUCCCCGAGGAGCGCUGGAGCCCCGAGUCUCCGCUCCUCGCUCCCCGGGUCGUCAUCGCGCUGGUGUGCCGCAACUCGGCGCACUCCCUGCCGCUGUUCCUCGGAGCCAUCGAGCGCCUGCACUACCCGAAGGACCGCAUUGCGCUGUGGGUGGCAACAGAUCACAACAUAGAUAACACCACAGCCAUCCUGAGAGAUUGGCUCAUCCAGGUGCAGAAUGACUAUCACUAUGUGGAGUGGAGACCUGACGAUGAAUCCAGUGCCUUUGAGGACGAGACGGGGCCUAAACACUGGAAUAGCCUCCGCUAUGAACACAUAAUGAAGCUCCGUCAGGCAGCGCUGGACACCGCCCGUGAGAUCUGGGCCGACUACCUCCUGGUGGCUGACUGUGACAACCUGCUCACCAAUCCAGAUGUGUUGUGGAAACUGAUGAGAGAGAACAAGACCAUCGUAGCUCCAAUGUUAGAGUCCAGAGCUGCGUACUCCAACUUCUGGUGCGGCAUGACUUCACAGGGUUACUACAAGCGAACACCAGCCUACAUGCCCAUCCGUAAGCAGGAGCGUCGUGGCUGUUUUGCUGUACCAAUGGUCCACUCUACCUACCUGUUGGACCUACGGAAAGAAGCCUCUCGUCAGCUGGCUUUUUAUCCGCCACACACAGAGUACAGCUGGGCCCUGGAUGAUGUCAUUGUCUUUGCCUACUCAGCUCGCAUGGCAGAUGUGCAGAUGUAUGUGUGCAACAAAGAAUCUUAUGGAUAUUUCCCAGCUCCUAUGCGCUCCCACGCUACUUUGCAGGAUGAAGCAGAUAGCUUCUUGCACACUCAGCUUGAGAUCAUGGUGAAAAAUCCUCCGUUGGAGCCCUCCAGCUUCCUGUCUCUUCCUCCCAAGCAGCCCAACAAGAUGGGCUUUGAUGAGGUGUUUAUGAUAAAUCUGGUUCGGAGAGCUGACCGUCGUGAGCGAAUGUUAAGGACACUGUACGAGCAGGAGAUCAGCUGUAAGGUUGUUGCCGCUGUGGAUGGCAAAGCUCUGAACAAGACUGACAUAGAGUCCAUGGGGAUUAAGAUGCUACCGGGUUACAAAGACCCUUAUCAUGGUCGACCUCUCACUAAGGGUGAACUGGGUUGUUUCCUCUCUCAUUACAACAUCUGGAAGGAGAUAGUAGAUCGUGGUCUGCACACUUCCCUGGUUAUAGAGGACGACCUCCGCUUUGAGGUGUUCUUCAGACGACGUCUUCAGGCACUGCUGCAGGAGGUGACGAAACACAAGCUGGACUGGGAUCUCAUUUAUAUCGGGCGGAAGCGAAUGCAGGUGGACCAUCCAGAGAAGUCUGUACCAAACAUCCACAACCUGGUAGAGGCUGACUACUCCUACUGGACGUUAGGCUACAUGUUGUCAUUACAAGGAGCACAGAAGCUCCUCAGGGCCGAGCCUCUGACCAAGAUGCUUCCUGUCGAUGAGUUCCUUCCUGUCAUGUAUGAUAAACAUCCGAUUUCAGAGUACAUGGACCACUUUGAGCAUCGGGACCUGCAUGCGUUCUCCGCCGAGCCGCUUCUGGUGUAUCCAACCCAUUACACAGGAGACACGGGCUACAUCAGUGACACUGAGACAUCCGUAGUCUGGGACAACGAGACGGUGAGAACUGACUGGGACCGAGCCAAGUCGAGGAAAACUCAGGAGCAGGAGAAGCUGAGCUUUGAGGCCAAGAACUCUGACGUACUGCAGUCUGAACUGGAGAACUGGAGCGCACGGGAAGAGCUGUGAUGAAGAAGAGAGGACAUGAGGAGGAGGGAGAGAGAACAAAGCUGUGAUAUUGGGGGAAAUGGAUAAGAGGGAAGGAGUAUAAUAACAGCAUGCAGGGGAAGAGGGAGGACAGGCAGAGUAGUUGGACAUAUGAAGUGCUAUUUCUCAAACAUUUCUCUCUCUGUUAUUUGACCUUUCUCCUAAGAGACGAGGUUAGAUGUCGAGUUAACUCUUGAAGAGUCAGCUAGCAGCUUUCGUUUUAUUUAUUGCAUCCAACGCUCAUCCCUUGACCACAGCCUGGUCCGUUAUUAGUUCCAUUUUUCUUCUAAAUUUGCCCAGACUCCUCCCCCCUACUACAUCACAUAUACAUUUUCUAUUGAGUGCAUUUACCAAACAAAAAAGAAGCUGCUGGUGUUCACAUCAAUAAAAUGUCACAUGUUAAAGCUGCAAUAUGUUUUGAGUGAAAAAUGGGAUCCUCUGAAUUACAAAAAGCUCAAAAAGUACUAAAAUGUUGCCUUUGUUAUUCUUUGUUAUACUCUGUCUCAGUAUUUCACAACCUUUUUGCCUUGUGACCCCUUAAACACACAAUAUGUAAUUUCUGCCGCGAGGGGGUCUCCCAAUCAAAAUAAUAACAAAAGACGUAGUUUGAUGACAUUGUCAAGUAGCGUGGGAUCAUGAGAGUUGUUGUCUUCAUUGUUAAACAACCACCAUUGUCAAUUGAAAAUCAAUCUUGCGUGACUCAGACAGAAGAAGAACUCUUCGGGUCGUUUGGUUCACCAGUACGUUUGCGUUUUACGGGGACGGCUUCGGCGACAGGACGCACAGCAAACAGCAGUGAAUAAUCAUGUUCCGUCAUGAGUGAGCUAUACAAACAAACGUAAACAAUAGAGUGGCUAGCUGGCUAGUUCGUCGAGUUCCUUCCUCACUCUCUGACUCAUCAUCUGGUCUUUCCCGUGUUUCCCUUGAAGUUAUAGCAGAUAGAUGGGGUUAAAGCGGAUAUGACGCCGUUGACAGGCGACCAAAUGAAACAAGUCGUUAUCUUGAUUAAAAUUUAAGAUUUCUCUGGGUUUGAACAUUGUUGGAAACAUUUGGGAUAAUGUAAGUACACAAUUAAACAAAAUAUAUAACAUAGGUUUAGUUGUUUUUAGAGAUUUUAAUGCUACAUAUUAUGUCUUUAAAAGAAAGACUGUUGCAUGUGUCUACUGGCUGUGAUGAGUUCUACCAAAGAGUGAUUUCUGUAAAAUUAUCCUGUAAUUUACAAGAACAAAAGCAAAGAAAAAAAUGUUUAGAAGAUUUUUCUCUUCUGUCAAUCAUCUUUUGACCCUUCAGAUUUAUCUUGCGACCCCUCGUGGGGGUCCCGAUCCUCAGUUUGGGAGCCACUACUCUAUCCUCUUCUCCUCUAAUGACUCUCAGCUUCUUUGCUGUUUAGGUUCGCUCCAAGUAGCCAGUGUGUUAUUUAUUAUAUGUUGUAUAUGGUUCUUACUUAAUAACCUUACUUAUGUUUUUCACUCAUGAAUGUAUCAGCGUCUUUCAUUUGUUAUGAAAAAAUUGCACACUUUGACAGCAGCAGUACAUUGGUUUAGUGUAGUUUCCUCUCUCCACAUGUUGCAGUUUUAACCCAAACUUUUGUUGCAUUUUGUUUGAACAUCGGUUAAAAAAAAUGAAUAUAGAUUUUUAGUAACUUUUCAUGUUUUGUC